AUGGACGGGUACGCAGGCCAACAGGCCGAGAACCUCGAGGACCGCAUCAGAAGAAUGGCUUUGCUGAACAGUUCGGUUCCUGAUGCCGGCGAGUACAACACCACGCCCAGGGUACGCCUACCUCCGGCGCCUCUGACCCAGCAGCCUCCAAGUCUGCCGCCAUUCAAUCCGCCGCAUCAGCGAGAAGGCUCAUGGCAUAGUGGCUCCUCAAGCCCGGCAUCUCCAUUCAAUCAACAAGCGUUUCAGCGGCCAAUGCUCCCUCCAGGAUAUCAGCAAGCACCUCCGCAAAUGGCACCUCCUAGUUUCCAACGACCAAGCGGUCAUCCUCAACCGGCAGUGCACACUUUGCCAUCGCCCGGGUCAGGCCCCGUCUACCAAGGCCAUCCACCACAGUACGCACAACAUUCUGCGCCUGGAUUUCGAGGCUCCAUACCUUCUCGCGGACGUGGUGGACCACCGAGGCAGCAGCGACACCAGCAGAUCCAGCUUGACCCGGACGCUUUCCAACGUGGCGGGCCAGUUCAGAACAAUGUCCGAAAUCCGCCCUCGCGACACUUAUUCGACCCAAACGCACGUCGCUCCCAACCCCCAGCUUUCCAUAACGACUACAGAGAGCGACAAGCGUAUUAUUUGGAGCAGGUUGCCACCGCAGAAGUUGCCAAUGUCGAAAUGAAUCAAUCAGAGCGGGACGAGAAAGAAUCAUUCCGCAAGGAACUUGAGAAGCUUUGUCAUGAAGUCUGCAUCGAGAACCCGCAGCUUCCAAAUGUAUCUCUCGAAUGUUUUGGUAGUUUCCAAUCGGGCUUCGCUAGUGCGGGAUCUGACAUGGAUCUGGUCAUCGUGGUCCAAGACAACUCAAGCACCGCAGCGUGCUUUUCGCUCUUGGAGAACGACCUGCCAAGAGAACUCGAGAGGAAGCUUCUAAUUACCGGUCACGGUGCACGGUUAUUGACUCGAACGAGAGUGCCUAUCAUCAAAGUCUGCCAAGGCCCUGGCUCUUGCCUACUUUCGAAGCUACGUGUCGAACGCGAGAAGUGGGACUUUCUUCCUAACGAGAAGAAGUAUCCGCAUCUUCAUCAGGACAAUGGGGACGGUGAUGACGAUGACGUGCUGCCGACAGCUACGGGGGCUCAAUUGGAAGAGAAGACUACUGCGACUGCUGCUGUACCAGAUGGGUCAGGGAGUGUGCGAGUUGAGCAGACCAAGGUCGCUGCCGAUUAUACUCAGGCAGACAAGAAGACUGCGGAAGUAACGCCGGCCACAGCAGUGGAGGUAGCCACAGUCACAGUCACCAAAGAUUCACAACCACCUUCACAGAACCGUGAGCAGUUCAGGACCUGGACAAGAGAGCGCAAGGCUGGCCCACUGGACUUCCCUAAAGACGGUGUUGGUAUUCAGUGCGAUAUCAACUUCUUUAACCCUCUGGGGCUCCACAAUACGCAGAUGCUCCGCUGCUACUCUCUUUGCGAUCCUCGAGUGCGACCAAUAGUACUCUUCGUCAAGUCUUGGGCCAAAGCGCGCAGAAUCAACAGCUCUUACUCUGGCACACUGUCAAGCUAUGGAUACGUCAUGAUGGUUCUUCACUAUCUAAUGAACGUUGCGCAGCCGCCUGUCCUGCCAAACCUUCAGUCGCCGUGGAGACCGAACCAAGCCUGCACUCAACCUGGUGCUACGCGUACGGAAGUGGACGGCUGGGUCGUUGAUUUCUGGAGAAACGAAGACGAGAUCAAGUCUGCGGUACAGAAGGGCCAGAUGAGCUGCAAUCAGGAGUCUCUUGGCUCGCUGCUCGCUGGCUUCUUCCAGUAUUACUCAUCAAUGGGAAACGGUCCUCAGUUCCGUUGGACGCAACAAGUGCUCUCACUUCGUACACAGGGAGGCAUUCUCACGAAGGAGAUGAAAGGCUGGGUGAAGGCGACCACAGAAGAAGGAGAAGGCAAGAAGAUUCAACAUCGCUAUCUCUUCUGCAUCGAGGAUCCAUUCGAGUUGACCCACAAUGUGGCGCGGACUGUGACGCACAACGGCAUCGUCGCCAUCAGAGACGAGUUCAGGCGGGCCAACAGGAUCUUGCAUGCCAUUGGCAAUGGGUACAAGUCACACGAGGGCGAGCUCUUCACACCGCUUGUGGAGGCUCAAGAUCUGGUUGAUGCGACUAAAGCUUUGAGUGUGGCAAACGGCGAUGCGAAGGCCGACCAGGUCAAAGAACAGCCUGAGCGGCUAAAUUCGAAUGGCCAGACGAAGCAGAAGACUCUCGACGGCGCCGCUGACCGCCCACUCUCACAGCAAGGACCAAAGCCCAAAGCGAAGGCAUUGGACGUCGCAGACCAGAACGCAUUCCCAUCGCUAGGUGCUGCCUCGAAAGUCCGAACCCGCGGCAAGAAGAGCAACGGACAGAAGGAGGGUGAGGGCGAGGGAUUCGCAAGUAUCGAUGGGCAGAAGGCGCAAGCUCACCUCGAGGAGUUCCGUCGGAAGAAGGCCGAAGCCCAGGCAGAGCAUACUGCCAUGGGUGCUGCGGAGGCGGUGUUGAAUGGUGAUGAUUGA